UUUCUGCGUCGAGUCUGAACGAAGUUCGUUCUAGGAUAAUGGACCGACUAUUGCAUGCUUUUGGCUAUUUCACUUUCGGCACAAAGGUGGAUAUUGCUGAGGAGGUUCGAUCAAAGGAGGAGGUGCUAAAGAAGAGGAAGGAUUUGAUAGGGUCGAAAUGUCAAAUUUUCUAUCAAGACGAUCCAUUUAUGGUGUCAAAGGCUUCUAUGCAGUACCUGUAUGAUGAAGAGGGAAAGCAGUACAUCGACUGCAUCAGCAACGUACAGCAUGUUGGGCACUGCCACCCACAAGUCGUCGAAGCAAUUAGUAAGCAGCUGGCCACUUCCACCUGCAACGUACGAUUUGUUAGCCAAAAACUGACCGAUUGUGCUGAGGAGCUGCUAAAGACUCUACCAGGGCUUGACACAGUUCUGUUCUGCAAUUCUGGGUCGGAAGCAAAUGAUUUGGCGCUUAGACUGGCCCGUGAUUACACCGGACACACCGAUGCUAUCGUCAUUGAUCAUGCGUAUCAUGGUCACGUAACGACAACGAUGCAAAUGUCGCCAUACAAAUUCGAUCACGGCUCGUCGCUACCCCAACCAGAAUGGGUUCAUGUGGCCCCAUGCCCGGAUGUGUACCGAGGAGAGUAUCGCCUGUCUGACGAAGACCUUAACGAUAAAGAGAAAUUAAAAGAAGCUGGGGUGCACUAUUCAGAUGCUGUGACAAAUAUCAUCGAAAAGGCUGAAGGAAAUGGCCGAAAGAUAGCUGCGUACUUUGCUGAAGCCUUGCAAUCAUGCGGUGGUCAGGUCAUACCUCCAGAAGGAUAUUUCUUGGAUGUUGCCAGACAUGUCCGCAAUCACGGUGGUGUUGUGGUGAUUGACGAGGUACAAACCGGAUUCGGUCGUGUUGGCAAGAAAUACUGGGCUCAUCAGCUCUACGAUGAUGGAUUCUGCCCAGAUAUCGUCACUAUGGGUAAACCUAUGGGUAACGGAUUUCCGGUUUCGGCUGUGGUUACAACGAAGAAAAUUGCCGAUAAACUCGGUGGACAAGUCGGGUAUUUCAAUACGUACGGUGGAAAUCCAGUGGCAUGUGCUGCAGUUUUGAGCGUGAUGAAGGUGGUGAGAGAUGAGAAAUUGUUAGAUCAUAGCCAAGAAAUGGGUGAACUGUUUGAAAAGGAGCUGAAUGCCCUGAAGGCAAAAUACAAUUGCAUAGGCGACGUUAGGGGAGUUGGUCUUUUCUGGGGUAUCGAUAUUGUCAAGGAUCGGAAAAGUCGUGAAGCGGAUCAAAAGCUGGCCCUCGCAUUGAUUUUGAAACUGAGAAAGGAACGGGGAGUCCUGCUAAACGCUGAUGGUCCUUACACGAAUAUCCUCAAGAUCAAGCCACCUCUUUGUUUCAAUAAACAGAACCUAUAUGAUACAAUCAACGCUCUGGAUCGAACACUCGCUGAGCUAGGCCAAUAAAGAAGUUGGUACGCGCUCCGCCUCCUCCAUGUCUUGUCUUCUGUGAAGACGCAAAGUUCCUUUGAAUUUUUCCAUCACCACUGUACAAAUGAACAUAAUAAGAG